AACGUGUACAUAUAAUGUUAUAAAUGCAGGUGUCUAAAAACCCUCUCAUAUCACACUUUGACGUAUUUCAAUCCAAUUAAACAAAGAAACUGCAUUUGUUAGUCGGCCAGAUAAGAAUAUAUGACUAUAUAAUUAAAUUACCACAAUUUCUUGGCCCAUAAAUGUUAUGUGUGGCGAAAUAGAAACAAAUGAAGGCUAAUAUAGUGUGCGUGUUUCUGAUCAAUGGAUUGUUAGUUACUGCUUUCCCCGCAAAUGACGGAGUGGAUAAUGGCAUACAUAUAACAGUACCAGUGGCGGGCGUGGCAGAGUUCAGCGGAACUGUCCCAGCUACGGGAUCAGUAGCUUUAGCUACUCAUACUCCAUGUCCAGAAGUUAUGCUGCCGUUUACUCCUAGUACUCCAGACUGUGAGCCUUUACCGAAAAAUAUUAUGUUAGGAGCUACAUUAGCGGACGCUAUUCUCGCAGAGGCCGGCGAAGAACUAGAUGCUAAAAUGGCAGAAAUUGACGCAUUUGUAGGUAAAGAGUUAGAAAUGAUGGGACCACAAAUGAAAAUUGCAAAUAGAGCAACAACAAAUAUAGAAAGUGCUCUGGACUCAACUCUUCAGCAAAUGGAAUCUGAAAUUUCUACUGAAUUAUUUAAGUUUGAUGAGUUUAUAGACUCACAGUUAGCAAAGACUGAAGAAAUGGUCCAAACAGCACUAAGAAAUGUAGAAUCAUAUACAUUUGUGGAUACAGAGCUAGAAAAAGUUGACGCUAUUGUUGACUCCGAAGUAGCAAAGAUAAACUUCGCUGUAGAAUCCAAUCUUGCAAAAACGGAAUCACUCGUAGAAUCUGAAUCAGAAAAAGUUGAUGCAUUUAUUGAAGCAGAGCUGGCAAAGACCGAUGCUUUUGUAAACUCAGAAUUAUCUAAAAUUAAAUCAGUUGUGGAAAUGGAAUUAGAAAAUGUUGAAAAGGUAUUAGAUGUUGGUGAUUCUUGUACAAUGAGCAGUGAUGAUGUUCCUAUGAUGGAGCCAAUUCCACCAUACGUUGAGAAUUCUCCAGGACUUGAAACUUAUGACGACGAUGAAUCGUACACUUCAAAGCUCCCUUACACUGACACCGGCUUCGCUCCACCUACAAUGGGAACUCGAAACCCGAUCAUUCCCCUGAACGAAGCUCCUUACAACAACCAUAACCUUGGAAAAACAGCACCAGUCCUGUAUCAUAGGAAGCAACUCCCGAUGGUGAACAUCAGAGGAACAGCAAGAGCUACAGGAAGCAUCAAGCUGUUCUCUAAAUUUCCAUGUCCACCAUUGCAAGCAACGGAAAUAGGUCCGGAUGGGAAGAAAUACAUAUGGAUUAAGAAAAAUUCUGGUGAUAAAGAAAAACUCAAAAGAAGACCAAAAGUCGAAUUCCCCGAUUUCUCCGACUUCCCAGAUGCACGCAUAGACGCCAACUAUGAGGACCUUGGCAGCGAAGAACCUGAAGAUUUAGGACAUUUAGGUCCCAUUCCUAUUCGUGGCGAAGCAGUUUUUGAGGGCACUGCACCUGCUUACGGCUCAGUUAGUAUUACUGGGCAAUGUUGAAGCCUAGCCCAGCAGUCGGCAAACCUUCAAGCCACUUCAAGCCACUCAAAAUAAUAACACUUGGAGUUUCCAGACCGAGGAAAACAACGUUUGCGGCUCUUUGAGGUUCCUAAAAGUAGUUUCUACUGCGGUUGGCUCUUCUUCUCAAAAGUUUUCCGAACCGGCCUAGUCAAUUAGAGACCGGACAUGAACGGCUUCCAAGAUUUGACAGACUAAAGAAUGACACACACUAGAACUGUCCGUCACUUCAAUCAAUCAAUAAAUCAAUCAAUCAACCAACCAACCAACCAACCAACCAACCAACCAACCAACCAACCAACCAACCAACCAACCAACCAACCAACCAACCAACCAACCAACCAACCAACCAACCAACCAACCAACCAACCAA